AUGGAUUUGGCAAAAGUGUGCAUAAAAUCGACUUUCUUUGCAUUCCAGUACCAAUUCUACGAACAGACGGAGGGGGCAGUAAUGGGUUCACCGUUAUCUCCAGUCCUGGCCAAUAUAUACAUCGAAGCCUUUGAGAAGAAAGCCCUGGAAUCCACAACGUUAAAGCCUAAGUGCUGGUACCGAUAUGUUGACGACACCUUCAUCAUCUCGCCCCAGGGACGCAACACCGUAGCGGAUUUCCUGGAUCACGUCCAUGGGAUACAUCCAGAUAUCCAGUUUACCAUGGAAGUAGAGAAAAACCCCGCCCUUCCCUUCUUGGAUGUUUUGGUUGAGAGGAAACCAGAUGUACAACCCCCACCCAACCCAGAAACAGGAGAUCAUAAGCAACUUGAUCAUCGAGCGUGGAUCAUCAGCGAGCCAAGAUACUUGGCCCAGGAACUAGCACACCUACGCACGGCCCUGAGAGGGAAUGACUACACGGCGAGAAAUAUUGAACGAGCUAUUAGGGGAAGACAUAUGCCCAUGGAGAAACAGGAGUACUUAGCGACGACGUAUCUACCUUACGUGAAAGGUUGUACAGAUAAAAUCGGGCGUCUUUUGACGAAGAGGAAUAUGAACACAGUAUUCAGCAGUGUCUACAUAGGACAAACAGGAAGGCAGAUCAACACGGGGUUAAAGGAACACAAAAGUCACCUCAAAAAUAACAACUCGACAGUAGCAGAGCAUAGGGCGGACACGGGACACACAGUGGAUCUGAGUGAAGCCAACAUGGUGGGAGAAGAUUUUGGCCCCGACUAUACAGAGAAGCAUUAG